UACAGCAUCAUAUUGGCUUCAGUGAUGCUGAGCCCGUGUCACUGUCGAGACUACAUUUCCCACGCAACAACGCGCAUCUCAGCAUCCACAGAGAAAACACGUCCGCGUAAAUAAAUCCACAAUUAAAGGCGUCUUAUCGAGUAUCGCAAGAGGAAUACCGUCUGAUCUCACCGAUGCGUCUCAUUACAGACAGCCUGAUCCAGUAAUAGCUGAAUUAUUUAGUGCAGAUCGGUAAAGAUGACCGACGGAUUAAAUGAACCGCUGAGAGAGACUGUCGAUAUACCGUGGGAGUAAUACUAACACGGAUGAGAGAAAUGCACAACCUUCCUGCACAACAAUUUCCGUGUUUGACAGAUUAUAGCGGUUGUCGAUGGACUGUUUUGAGUAAUGCCAGUGAUGGGAGCAGUGUUACAGGAGCGCACUCUCCAUAACGCGCACAAUGAGUUUCGUUCCUUGCACAGAACAGAAACUAAUAGGUUUGGACCAAGCAAGAGAAACACAAAGACAUCUUUGCACCAACCACAUAAUAGUGGCAACAGCCUGUCAGCUGAACCUGACUGUCAGCAGAGGUUAAGACAAACAAGACCUGAGAAAAAGUCGAUCGUUGCAGACUCACCAGUCAGGCAAAACAACACCAAGAUCAAAUCUCACGUGUCCUCCAAAAAUGGACUGAAGGAAAGCCGUCCAAACCAAAGCAGUAAUGCUAAAAAAGUGAGCGGUAGCAAGAGUUCAGGUCCACAGCCUGUACAGCAGAUUUCUGUAAAAGAGCAAAGAGAAGAGUCAUCAGAAUGCAGAAGUGAAGCCAAGGACACUGCAGUUUGUAAAAACGAAGAAGAGGAUUCAGACAGUGCAAGUGACCUGUCUGAUUCUGAGAGAUGUUCAACACUUCCACCUCAAAUCGUUCCUCCAGACCUUGACUUACGGGCGGAGGUCAUAGAUCCUUCAGACUUGCAUCCCUCGCGACUUGCUUGUCGAGGACGCACCGCUGGCAGCUAUCCCGAUUUCCUACCGCCUCCUUUUAAUUCUUGGAGUCUCAAGCAGCUAGCCGUGUACUUGAAUACGGAUGGCAAAGGAAUUUCUCGGCCAAAGCCUGUUGGGCAGCUGGAGAGGUACUUGGAUAGGCUGUUACAAAUGGAAUGGCAUCAGAUCCAAACUGUCCAAGAGGAAAGCAGCAAAUGUAACGGGCCAACACCAAAGGGUCGCCAUACAUCUUCACAUUCCAGCCUCAGCUCUCCUAAAUGCAUCCUCCAGUGUCAGCGAGCUUUCCCCUUGGCAUUACUGUCCUCCUUGACAAACACUCCCACGAUGCAGCUUCCAAGCUGUCCAGAUUGCAGGAAGAGAUACCCCAUCUCUCACGCCUACCAGCACCGCCACACGCGGUUGAGUCCGAAAAGGGGUCAGGCUUCAGGCUUUCCUAAAAGAAGCUGCAGUGAAAGCAGAGCUCAUCAGUUUAAUCAAAGACAGAAAACUCGCGAGCACAGACUCAGUGACCCACUGAGUGAGAGCAGCCAUCUGAAGCGCAUGCAGGCAGUCGGUAACAUUCGCAAUCCUGUAGGAGCCAUUAAUAAUUCUGAGCAAAUUUCAGCUAUUACACCCAGUACUCCCAGUCUCAAUGAUGUAAAAAUAAAAAGGUCGGGGCGAAGAAGUCAUUCCUGUGGGGGUAUGAGGGAGGCUGGUUAUAAGACAAGAGCACGAAGUGAACAGAGGAAGACUUUUGAUGAAACAAAACAGGAUUCUGAUUUAUCUGGUGCUAGAAGUUCAGAUGGUUUACUCAGUUCAAAAGACUCUGUAACAGGACUAAACAGGAAACAGAAGCGUGUAGAAUUUGUCACAAAUUAACUUGUGGGCCUCUAAAAUGUUUACGUAAAAAUGUAGCUUAAUAAUUAUUCUACUAUUACUUCUAUUCGAAAAUGUACUACUAUUUAUUUCUACUGCACAAUUUAAAAAAUUGUAAAUGAAAAAAGCAAGAUCAGAUUUUUAUAUUUUCUUCUCUAAAGUGAUUGUCUGAUUCUUUUGUAUUGUCUAAAGAUAUGAAUGAAAACAGAUAUAUCGUACGUAACUGUAUGUAGACCACUUCGGAAUCCAAUGACCAGAAGAACUUCCUGCUUUAACACUACACAAACAUUUGAACAAAACCCAACCGGCCAAAAUGAUACCGAAUAAAAAUGUUAAAUGAAUAUUUUUAAGAUUAAACUUUAUAUGAUUUAAAAAAAUACAGUGUAGUAGUGCUUCCGGACCUUGAUAUGUCUGAACACCACUGGCCUUAAUGUGACUGUUUAAAAGAGCAACAAUCAUCAAAGUAAACUUGAUUUUUUUUUUAUUUAUAAGUUAAAGUUUUUGAAUAAUAAAAAUGAUUUACAAAAACAUUUUUCUACCAAUUCAAGACAGCUUUCUUUUAAGAAAGGAAGUUUUUUGGAAUAAAUACCAACAACAACACUUUUUAUUUUAAAACUGAAGUUUUUUUCCUCUAAUGGAUACUGCAACACGCUCUUACACAGGAUAGUGAUAUGAAUAGUCCAUGAGUUUGGUCCUAAUUCAUUGCUGGUCCCCUUUAACCCACCCAUACAUGUCUGACCUGAAAACAGAUCAGACAUUUAAAUAAACAUUAUGUUGUAUAUAAAUCACAACAAUAAAUUAAAUUGUAAUGAAUUUCUAAUUGUUUCCAUUCUUUUGAGAAAAUUGUUCAUCUAUUUUGGCACCAUUAGCUAAUGCUGAGAUUUUUUCGGAGUAUUAAAUGGAAUGCUACACAAAUGUGCACGUUACAACAGAAAGCAUGAGCUGCUACAGCUUUCAUGUGGCCUAAUAAAAGUAGAUUGAUAGUCAUAAUAACAUAAUGCCAAUUUUAAAAAUAGGUUAUGUAUUCAUGUAAAUGCAUAUGAAAACAAAAAUGUACUCGUGCACAGCCUUUAUAUUG